GGUCUCUCUAACUGCACAGUGAAGGCAGGUCCUGGGAUUCUGAUCCAAGGGUGUCCUGUGGAUGAAAAAGGUCUGGCGGUGCAGCCUGUGCUGUGCUGCAGACAGGGAACAGCAUGCAGACCUUGCCUACACAUUCGCCUUGACAUCCAGCCCAGAAACCACCAGACAGGUGUGUGAACACUACACAACCUUUUUUCCAUUUCAACCUCUGCGGAUACAAUGUGAAACACAAUGUGGAAAGUGCACCCAUAUUAGCUUCAAAUGCAUGGUUUAUUGCUUAUCCCCUCAUCUUGUGUCAGUAAGUCAUGCCAUCCUCACUCCUGCGGCCAACUGGGUUCUUUCUGUGUUUCAGCAUCGUAUGUGAGUGUGUGUUACAUUGUGCCAGAGCUAAUAAUGCCUCAGUGCAAAAAGCUCGAGUUCACAGUGAUCCCUGCUGCUCUGGAUGAGCAAGCUUCAUCCAAGGUAUAUUCCAUAUGAAUUUGCAUGUGUGUGCGUGAGUGUGUGUGUGUGUGUGCUUGGGUUUUGUGAUUCAUGUCCAUGCUCUCCUAUAUACCCAGCAGGCAUGGCUGUCACUGCUGAUUGAGUCUGAAGCAGUGUCCUUCAGCAGUCAGGUGACUGUGUAUGGUUGCAUCUUUCACUCUACUGUGGUGCUUCCGUCAGUGGAUGAAGGUAUGGUGUAGGAAUUCCCAUAGUGAUCAGACAGCUUAUGUCAGCACCUAUUUGUUAGUAAGUCAUCCUCUGACUGAUUAAAAUCUAUCUGUCCUUAGUGUGUUCAUCCGCCUCACAGGGAGUUGUAGAGGAAUGUGAAGGUGAGUUACGUGUUCUAUGUUUGUUUGUUUCUAUGGUUUCCAUGUUGUUAUUGCCAUAGAAAAAUAAUUACUAGAAUGGUUGUACCUAUUCAGGAGUGUACCCAUAGCAGGAAGUAAAAGCAGGACGUAUAGCAUUCAAUCUGGUUUUAUCCCCAUUCUAAUCAUUCAAAGUAUAUGAUUCUUACACCUCCUGAGUCCUGUGUGCAGACAUAUUGGUCUUACUUUAAUGGAAUGUCCCCAAUAGAUGGUCUAUAGAUGCUCAGACGAUCAACACACUAUCAAUUGCAUCCCUGUUGAAAUGCAACAGCUUUCCUAGGGGUAGGGUUAAGGCUAGGCAAAGGGUUAGGGUUAGGGUUUAGGCUAGGGUUAGAGUUAGGGUCAGGGUUAGGGUUAAGACUAAUGUUAGGGCUAAAAGAUAGUUGAACAUUUGUUGCUAGUCAGAUGAGCCUAUAUUAACCAUCUGUAGGGGACUAUCCAAAGUCCAAACCGAGAAAUAUUGUAUUCAUGACCAUUUGUUCUGUUUUUCCAUAAUGAUUAUGGUUUAUGAAGUGAGAGACAUUGUUAGACAUAUGCAAUUCUAGAAUUACAGUAAAUGGCUGAGUUAUGUUUCUUUCUAAUUUGCCAGUGUGUCUGUCAGUCCCCAGUUUCAGCACUCUGAUUGAUCAGGAGAGACGUGAGGUGAUGCUGCAAGUCGCCAAGGAAGAGGACAGCCCCCACCCACUAGAAAUUUGCCUACAACAUGAAGAUAAUGGAGUCUGCAGGGUCCGUGCCGUACUUGGCUUCCUCCAAACUCAGUUAUUUAUAUGCAAUCUUUUUCUCAGAGUUUCACUCUUCACUCGUCCAUGAUAACACGUUGUUUGUUGUCCUACAGGCCUGGAAAGAGAAGCCAGUUCCACUGCACUCUGUCACCCCCUGCAUGUGCUUCCAGGUACUGUUGCUAUUUCCCCCAUUAACAAUCUGGAUUGGGCCUACUUUUGUCAGUUGUGAUAUUACUACACACUCACACAUCCAACUCAUUGUAACUGACAACAUUAUCCCCUUUGUGGUAGUAAUCAUCCAAGUUCUCUGGUUUUGUGUGUCUUCGGUGUGUGUGUGUGUGUGUUUCAGUUGUGGUGGGGAUAAAGGAGAUGAGAGAUCUCGUCGAUCUAUGAGCUGUCCUUUUAGGAACAACACCGGUAAGAGAAGAACCAUGCAGCAUCCUCCUUGUUACACCUGUGUUUCACUAUGACAGUCAUGAAUGUGAGCCAUGGAGUUGAUUCCCAUUGCUUCUGUAACUCUGCUAUAAAGUAUCUUAUACCUUUAUCUCUCUCUUCCAGAGAUGUUCCAGAGGAACGUAUGGGAGAAUGUGUCAGUAUCUGUGGUGCAGCGCCAGAUGAACAGUGGCGGUGCAAUGCUGUCCUGGAACCUAACUGCCCCCUGUAGGCUGGAGGCUGAAGUGUGGCCCUGCCAGAGAGAUGCAGGCGUGGACAAGGACAGAUGCACAGAGCUGGGGGAUAUUAGGCAGCGUCUGUCAAAUGACAUAUGGAGGGAAAAUGACAGGGGACACUGGGUACGUAUACCGGAGCAUUUGAUUGGUGCCUCAAAUGUUGUAUUGGUGUAUCUUUAGUUACCUUUUUGUCGUUGGGAUGUACUCAUCAUUUGUAUUAAUUGGUUUUUGUGUUUUUACUUGUGGCAUUUUUAUGGUUUGGUGAUAUUAUGGGAUAAGGCAUAUUCUUUUUGAUUGAAUGCUUGAUUCUUUUAUGAUUUUUUUUUCCUGUUUCAGCUGAUGCCAGGUGUGUUUGAGGAUGUCAAACCUGGUCUUGAUCUCUGUGUGAUGGUAAGACACUUCUACUGGUUGACUCCUCUUGUUCCCCAGUAUUGAACUUGGAUCCUGUUGUAACAUGAUGGGAGCUCAUCUUAUUGUAAAUGUGUGUGUGUGUGUGCAUGUGUGCACGUGUGUGUGUGUGUGUCUCUGUCCUUGCAGGUGAAGGUAAAAGGGAAGAACAGUGAGCUUGGCCCCUUCUGUCCCAUUGACUGUGAGUAUUUUAGGAGAGGGCUGAAGUAUCAAAGUUGAUAUGGACCCUACUAAAACUGAUACAUGUACCAUUUCUUGACCACUUCUCUGAUUUUAUGUGUGUGAAAAGAUGGCAAUUAUGUUUAAAUCUGUAUCAUCAAUCGAGUAUUUAUCUGUAUGCUUAAUAAAACAAAUGUUCACAAAAAAAGUUGACCGUUCUAUUUUGCCUACCAGUAGGGACUGAUAAUAAGAAAUUCUAUGAGGAUUGGGAAAUAAUUCACAUCUGUACUUCUCCCUCUCAGCCAGUAGGUGGCACUGGCGCUGGAGUCUGCUUAUCCUGGUCUCCCUGAUGCUGGCAGGCCUAGCAGUAAUAUGUCUCUAUUUCCUGCAUUGCAAACUGAAACGUGAGUCAUUCUGGUCCGAUCUCCCCCAACCAGACACAGGCAAUGGCACUGUGUGUAGAGACAGAAAAGUCACAAAGUGUUACAUUUGUGUUAGGUUUGUGUUAUUGCGCUACACUGUGGUGAAUUGAGUGCAAGGCUUUUCUCACCACAAAUAUGCUCUCUGCCUCCCACCAAAUUAUUUUUUAUAGUGGAGAAAGGGGGAGUUUUAAAGGAGAUGAAAAUGUAGAGAAAGAGAAUAAAUCUGAUAUCUUUCCUACUGUGUGUAUUCUUCAGGCUCCCACUUCUCUCAAUAGCUCUAUUCAUGUGUAUCGCCGACUGACUUUUUUCUUGUGGGUGUUGUUCACUACAGUUAGGAAUUUGGGGGGGGGGGGGGGGGGGGGGGGGGGGGGACAAUUUGCAAAGGGUUUCUGUAAAGGACACAAGGGCCUCUGUGUUACAGAACCAUGUCAGUGUGUAUCAUGUUACAUUUCUGUCUCUCCAAACAGGGUGGGCAUGGGAAUGGCACCAGAAGGAGUGGGAUCAACGUAAGCAGGUUUCUCAUAGUCCAAAUGUACAAUAUGUCAAAUAAAGAAGAUACAUAUUUAUCUAGCAAUAAUCAUUGGGACAAAAACAAUGGAAAAUGGAUGAAAGAACGAAAAAGGAAAGGAAAAGGAAGGAAGGAAGGAAGAAGGGAAGGAAGGAGGAGGAAGAAGGAAGGAAAGGAAGUCAGUUACUAAUUACUUCCUUCCCUUCCUUCCUUCCUCCUUCAUCUUCCUUCUUCCUUCCUUCCCUUCCUCCUUCCUUCCUUCCUUCCUUCCUUCCUUCCUUCACCUCUCUCCCUUUGUAGUACCUAUAAGGGGUCACGUGGUGCUGCUGAGCCCGCCGGAUGUGGAUGGCUCUGUGUCAGAGCUGGUGUGUGAGCUUGGCUCCUCUCUGCGUGCCAGGGGCCUCAGUGUGUCUGUGGACCUGUGGAAUCGGGCUGAGAUGUGCUCUCUGGGGCCCCUGCCCUGGCUGCACUCCCAGCUGCAGCCCUUGAACAGCCAGGGGGGCCGGGCCUUACUGGUACUGACGCAGGCAGCCUGGAAGAAGGCAGAGGACUGGGGCCGACAGUGGGACCAGCAGGGCCAGCAGGGAAGGGACAUAGCCCAGGGAGUGGAGGAGGAGAAGGGGGACGAGGAAGUAGAGGGGGAGGAUAAGAGGCUUCUCCAGGGCUUGUCCUCCCCAUACGCGGACGUGUUCAGUGCCGCUCUGAGCUGCAUCAAGGUGGACCACCAACAAGGCUGCGCUGGAAAGCGUUUCCUCCUGGUCCAUUUUGAGUCCCAUACUGCCAAGCCCCUCAGCAGUGAAAGGGGUCUCCCAGAGCUGUUCCAAGGGCUGCCCUUGUUUCACCUGCCCUCCCAGAGCCAGGGGCUCCUCGUUGAGCUGGCCAUAGGGUCUAAAGGGCUUGGAGCUGGUAUAGGUGGACAGAGGGGCUGA